CUAGCCAUGUAAAGGGUUAAGUAUACCAGGAAGUGCAGAAAAACAUCUGACAGUAUCAGAUGUGGAGGAGCAUGUUCGUUUCACUAUGUUGAAGUGAAAUUUAAAGAGACGGAGUGUGUAUUGUACACGUAAGCACAGUCUUGCAUUCUCUUCACAAAUCUUUUUUUGAAUAACUGCAUACAAUCUUCAGGCCUUGUUUGAUACUACAAACAGAAAGAGCUGAGAAAGCAGCCCCAGUUAAAGAAAGAUAUGGCGUCCUCCAGCAGUCUCCUGUCUGAAGAGCAGUUCCUGUGUUCUAUCUGUCUGGAUGUGUUCACUGAUCCUGUAGCCAUUCCAUGUGGACACAACUUCUGCAAGGCCUGUAUCAGAAAGUACUGGGACACCACUGACCUGUGCCAGUGUCCAAUGUGUAAAAAAUCAUUUGAUAGGAGACCAGAUCUCUUUGUCAAUACUUUCAUUUCUGAGAUGGCUGCUCAGUUCAGGAAGUCAGUUCAAGUGAAAGCUACCAGCAUCCCAGACCAUUGCCCUACUGAGCUUAGAGGAGUGGCCUGUGACGUCUGCACUGGGACGAAGCACAAGGCCCUGAAGUCUUGCGUGGUGUGUCUGGCCUGUGAGACUCACCUGGAGGCUCAUCAGAUAGCCCCAGCCCUGAAGAAACACAAGCUGAUCGAUCCUGUGGAGAACCUGGAAGACAGGGUGUGUAAGGAACAUGGCAAACUCCUGGAGAUGUUCUGUAGGACUGACCAGACGUGUGUUUGUGUCUUGUGUAUAAAAACAGACCACAAGACUCACUACACCGUCCCUCUAAAGGAAGAGUAUGGAAAGAAGAAAGCCCAGCUGGGGAAAACGGAGGUAGAAGUGCAGCAGAUGAUCCAGAAGCAACUGCAGAAGGUUAAGGACAUCAAAUACUCAAUAGUGCUCUGCAAGAGAGACGCAGAGAGAGAGAUAGCAGACAGCGUGCAGGUCUUCACUGCCCUGGUGCGCUCCAUUGAGAGAAGCCAGGCUGAUAUCAUUGAGGUGGUCGAGGAGAAGCAGAAAGCAGCAGAGAGGCAGGCUGAAGGCCUCAUUAAAGAGCUGGAGCAGGAAAUCACUGAGCUACAGAGGAGACACACUGAGCUGGAGCAGCUGUCACACACUGAGGAUCACCUCCACCUCCUCCAGAGCUCCACAUCCCUCUGCAGCCUUCCUCCCACCAAGGACAGGUCUAAGAUAAGUGUUCACAGUGGUCAGGGUGUGGGCACUCUGAGGAGAGCAGCGUCUCAGCUGGAGGAGACACUCAUUAGUGAAGUGAAGAAGUUGUGUGAUGCUGAGCUGAAAAUGAUUCAGCAGUAUGCAGUGGAUGUGACUUUGGAUCCUGAUACAGCAAACAGGUAUCUCAUCCUGUCUAAGGACAGGAAACAAGUGAGACAGUCAAACACACCAAACAAUCACCGUGACAACCCAAAUAGGUUUUCCAUCUGUUCCAGUGUGAUGGGAAAGGAGGGCUUCUCCUCAGGGAGAUUUUACUAUGAGGUACAAGUGAAAGGGGAUGGCUGGGAUUUAGGAGUGGCCGGAGAGUCCAGCAACAGGAAGGGAGAGAUUUAUCUGAGCCCUCUUGAUUUAUACUGGGCUGUUGUGCUGAGGAAUGGGAACGAGUAUCAAGCUAAUGAAGACUCUGUUGUCCCCCUCUUUCUGAGAGAGAAGCCCCAGAAGGUGGGGGUGUUUGUGGAUUAUGAGGAGGGUCGGGUCUCUUUUUAUGAUGUGGAGGCCAGGUCUCAUAUCUACUCUUUCACUGGCUGCACCUUCACUGAGAAACUCUAUCCAUACUUCAGUCCGUAUUUUUCCAAACGCGGUCAAAACUCUAUCCCUCUGAUCAUAUGUCCCGUCGAAUACACAGACUGAGUUGCAACCUCCAAGUCUAACUUGGGGAAUCAUAUCUGUUGUCACAAAGGACAACCAAUAUGUUAACCAAUACUGUCGCUGUGAUAUUUUAUUUGUUUCCAACUUAUUGUGCAAACAAUGGCCUUAUGAUGUACGAUAGACAUUUUAAAACAUGCUGGAGCAGCUCUCACGUAGUGAGGUCCCCAUCCACCUCCUCCAGAGCUCCCCAUCCCUCUGCAGUCUUUCUCCCAUCAAGGACUGGUCUGAGAUCAGGGUUCACAGCAGUCUGGGUGUGGGGAACCUGCAGAGAGCUGCGUCUCAGCUGGAGGAGACACUGGAGUGAAGAAGUUGUGUGAUGCUGAGCUGAAGAGGAUUCAGCAGUAUGCAGUGGAUGUGACUCUGGACGCUGAUACUGCUCACUUCUGUCUCACACUGUCUAAGAACAGGAAACAAGUGAGACCGGGAAACCCGCGUUAUAGUCUCCCUGACAAAGAGGUUUGACCCAGCUGCCUGUGUCCUGGGAAAUGAGGGCUUCUCCUCUGGGAGAUUCUACUAUGAGGUGCAGGUGAAUGGGCUUAACUGGGAUUUAGGAGUGGUCAGAGAGUCCACAAACAGGAAGGGAUACCUAACAAUGAGUCCUAAGGAUGGAUAUUGGACCAUGUGGCGGAAGACUGGAAAUACAUAUCAAGCUAAUGGUGACUCUGUUGUCCUCCUCCGCCUGAGAGAGACCCCCCCAGAAGGUGGGAGCUUCACUGAAAAACUCUAUCCAUUAUUUAGCUCUUGCAUUACUAGUCGUGGUAAAAAACUGUGUCCCUCUGAUCAUCUCUCCUGUCAAUCACACAGACUGAGUUCCAACCUUAAAUUCUAACUCGUGAAAUAAGCCAAUCCUAUCUGUUGUCACAAGGGAAACCAAUAUGUUUACCAUUACUGUCACUGUGACAAUUAUUUCUUUUUCCACCCGGUGCAAACAUCAUUGUUUCCACCAUUGUGCAACCAGUGGCCUUAUACAAUAUGAAACAUUAGAUAGGCAUUUUCAAACAUGACAUGUUCACAUAACAGGUAGAAUAUAUCCUAUGUCUAGGCAGGCUGUGUAUUGUGACCUCCUGUGAAGAAUUCUACAUAUGUGUUUAAAUCAUUUAAAAAGGGAUCAUCUAUCGGUCUAUGUGCUUACUGAAGUGUAUACAGUAUACUAUGUUCAUACAGCCACCCACUACGAGUGUUGGAUAUUAAAGUCAAUUGUCAUCCCUUGAAUGUGUUUCUCUGUCAGU